AUCGCCGGCGCUGCGCGGGCAGUGCGGGCAGUGCGGGCCCGGAGCGCGGGAGCCGCGGCGGGGCCGCCAUGGAUCUGUUCGGGGACCUGCGGCGCAUGAACAAGCGGCAGGUACCGGGGCGCUCCGCCCGCACCGGGAGCGGCCCAUUGCAAACGCCAGCUGGCAGGGUCCUUCCCACCGCUGUCCCCCUGUGCUGCCGAGAAAAGGAACAGAAAAUGAAGGAGUGUGGUUAAAGCACCUCCGCUGCUGGAAGGACUGGCGGAGCAGCAGCAUUUGGGGGCAGAAAGUCAAAUCAGUGAUUUUCUAGAUAAGUUUCAGUAUGACAGUUGCAGGAAAUGAUCUUUUGUCGUCCCUCGUCUCCUCCAGCUGCUCUUUUUAAACAAAAGUCGCUCUCAGAAGCUAUAUUACCAAGUCUUAAAUUUUGCUAUGAUUGUGUCUUCUGCCCUCAUGAUCUGGAAAGGGCUGAUCGUGGUGACUGGCAGUGAGAGCCCCAUUGUUGUGGUGCUCAGUGGCAGCAUGGAGCCAGCUUUUCACAGGGGAGACCUGCUGUUCCUAACAAAUUUCCAUGAUGACCCAAUCAGAGCUGGUGAAAUAGUUGUUUUUAAAGUUGAAGGCAGAGACAUUCCAAUAGUUCACAGAGUUAUCAAAGUACAUGAAAAAGGAAAUGGGAACAUCAAAUUUCUCACUAAAGGGGAUAAUAAUGAAGUUGAUGAUAGAGGCUUGUACAAAGAAGGUCAGAACUGGUUAGAGAAGAAAGAUGUUGUUGGAAGAGCAAGAGGGUUUUUGCCCUAUGUAGGAAUGGUAACUAUAAUAAUGAAUGACUACCCAAAAUUUAAGUAUGCUCUCCUGGCAGUGAUGGGAGCAUAUGUACUGCUCAAGAGGGAAUCCUAAACACAGGAACAAAGGGAAAUUCACAGGGGGAAAAAACUAAUAUAUUUCAGAUGGUUUCAUUUCUGUAUACGGUUACAAAACUGUAACUGCGAGCUUUUAUCUUGUCUAAAUAAAUGACACCUGAUGAGUGAAGCUGUUGGCUGCUGGCUGAUUACAAAAUUAUGUAUUUACCACCUUCUGCAGACUGUUCUCAGCUAGCCUGGCACUGGUUUAGAGGGCUGGAGAAGCCAGGGGCUCUCCUGCCAUGCCAUGGUGCAUUUGACUGACUGGUGCUGCAUCUGAACCCACUUUUGCCCUCCUGUUUGUCUUGGGGGUUAUUUUUAAUCUGUCAGUGCCCUCUUUUCUCCACGAUACAUGCUGUUUGGUUCAGUGCUUGUAAGGACACAGAAUCUCUGAACAGGUAGGAAGUUCUCGGAGUUUAGUCAGACUUAUGCCUAAGUUGGCUGGUUGUGGCUGCCAAAAACAGCCAGGAAGGGGAGUUCCACUCUGGCUGGGUACUGAGCAGUGGGGACUCAGAGCUUUUUCCUUGGAUUUGAAACUUGCUCCUUCACAGGGUAAGGAAAAAAGCCCAGGUGGCCUGGUUUUUAGAGGCCUGGUUUUUAGGGACUGUGUGUGUUGGUAGUGCUCAGGCUGUUGACGAUCUGCCUUUUGUGUUCUAGCUCUUAAACUAACCCAACAAAAAGCUUUUCUGGGGCUGUAAUAACACUUGUAAAUUACUGAAUGAAUAGCACAGUAGUACGCUUCAGGGGUAUUGCCAAGACUGGGAAACCAGAACUCUUGUGCCAGUUUGGAGAAUGUAUUAUUCUCUCCUAUCAUAUAACACCUGAAUAGUGUUAAACGUAAAAUUGAUUUUUCAUUUAAAAACUUACCUGAUAACUGUCUUUUAUGAAAUUUGGUACUUUUAUCUUCAAAUGUCAGUGUUGUACCUUCAACAAAGCAAACUUGUUUUCCUUGCUGGCUUUGUUUUUGUAGCUUUGAUAAGGAACAGCAUGAUGCUUUUUUCCUCUGGAGUUCUGUUUCUUCUGUAAUCCCUUACCUCUGCAAAAAUACUCUAUUAUACAAUAAUGACACCUUUUCUGUUGUAACAGCUCAUGCUCAGCAGACAACUGCUGAAUUUCUCCAAGUAAUAUUACUUCUUUUGUGUCCUACUAAGCAGUUUUCAUGUCCAACUGUAUUAUAAAAAUUACUUAUUUUGUGUCAAAUUAUAUAGAAAUAAAAUUGUGUAUAAUAAAUGGCA